GGUGCAGCUCCGCCGGCGACAACGACAACCUGCAAGGUCCUCUCACCUCCCCAGCCCGCCUCCUCCACGCCGCAACCGACCAGCCUGGCCGGAUGCAGGACAGAACACGCGAUCCAGGAGGCUGUGCCGGUGCGUCACCGGCUGGCGCUGGGCCAAUGACAGUCCGGGAGAGUGUCGUUUCUUAGGGCCGGGGAGGUGGGGGCCGGAACUUCCUGCGUUUCAGUCCAGCAAGUCAUUUCCCUGGGCGGGUCGGUGCGCCCCGAGAGGUGGGCCCAGGGCCGGGGGUGGGGCUGGGCGGGUGACGCUUCCCAGGCGGCUUGUGGGACCCGGUGAGGAAGGACGGGAGGCUGGGAGCCUCCCCCGCGCCUUUUAAUUAGUCGCGACCCCCUGGGACGCGGUGUCCGCCAGGGUCCCUCCGGGCCGCGCGCUCUUCGCGGCCCCAGAGGCGGCGCCCGGGCCCGGGGCGCCCUUGACCCCCGGGAGACGGACGUCCCACCUCGCCCAGGGCAAGGCCAGGCAGUGGUAGGCUGAACCUGCGACCCCCGCCUCAGUCACCUGCCUCUUAGGGGCCGCGCUGCGUCCACGGGCUGCGAUGGCGGAGGCGGCGCUGAUGGACCCCGCGCAGGGCUGUGUGACCUUUGAGGACGUGACCAUUUACUUCUCCCAGGAGGAGUGGGGACUCCUUGAUGAGGCUCAGAGACUCCUGUACUGCGAUGUGAUGCUGGAGAACUUUGCACUGAUAGCCUCUUUGGGACUUACCUCUUUCAGGUCCCAUGUGGUUGCCCAGCUGGAGAUGGGGGCAGAGCCCUGGGUGCCUGACCGAGUGGACAUGACUUCUGCCAUGGCAAGAGGGGCGUAUAGAGGGUGUGGCUUGGAUUUCUGCUUCAGGACAGAGGGUGAGGAGUCCUCUUCUGAGCUUAGUGUCUCUGUAGAAGUGUCACGGGACAUGAAUUCCAAGUUGGUUCCAUCCAUCCAGAAGGACGACCCCUGUGACAGGUGUGGCCUACACUUGAAAGACAUUUUACACCUGACUGAACACCAGGCAACAGCCCCCAGGCGGAAACCACAUGUGUGUGAGGCCUAUCAGAGAGAGUUCAAGUUCAGUGCUCGCCUUCACCAGCCACAAAUGCAACAGAAUGUGGACAAGCCUAUGGGAAGGAAUGAAAGCAGGGCCUUAUUUAUGAAGGGCUGCAGAGAUGACACAUCAAAGAAUGCUUUUAUCCCAAGGGACAGUGGGAAGGCCUUUGUGGCCAAAUGUGAUUUCCUCCAGCAUCAGGCCACUCCCAAUGUGGGGGAGGCACACCUGAGCUCCAAAGGCGUGGGGCAUUUUCCCACUGUGCAAUGUAGUAAGAAGUGCAGUAAACUUGAGAAUGCUCCCAGUGAGAAGCCCACACUUGUUCAGCAGAGAACCCACACUGGAGAAAGGCCUUAUGAGUGCAGCAAAUGUGGGAUAUUCUUUAGCUAUGCCACUAGCCUCUUUCAACACCAGAGAGAUCACAACAGAGGAAAGCCUUAUGAGUGCUGUGAGUGUGGGAAAUUCUUUAGCCAGCACUCCAGUCUCGUCAAACAUCAAAGAGUUCACACUGGUGAGAGCCCUCACGUGUGCAGUGAAUGUGGGAAAUUCUUUAGCCGAAGCUCUAAUCUCAUUCAACAUAAGAGGGUUCACACUGGAGAAAAGCCUUAUGAGUGCAGUGAAUGUGGGAAAUUCUUCAGCCAACGCUCCAACCUCAUUCAUCACAAGAGGGUUCAUACUGGUAAAAGUGCUCAUGAGUGCAGUGAAUGUGGGAAAUCCUUCAACUGCAACUCUAGCUUAAUUAAACAUUGGAGAGUUCACACUGGAGAAAAACCUUACAAGUGCAACGAAUGCGGGAAAUUCUUUAGCCACUUUGAUGGACUCAUUCAACAUCAGAUAGUUCACACUGGUGAGCGGCCCUUUGGGUGCAGCAUAUGUGGGAAAGCCUUCAGCCGAAGCUCUGAUUUCAUGAAACAUCAGCGAGUCCACACUGGUGAACGGCCUUAUGAAUGCAGAGAAUGUGGGAAAUUGUUUAGCCAAAGCUCCAGCCUCAAUAGCCAUCGGAGACUUCACACUGGUGAGCGGCCUUAUCAGUGCCCUGAAUGUGGGAAAUUCUUUAGCCAACGCUCCAGCUUCAAUAACCAUCGGAGACUUCACACUGGUGAGCGGCCUUAUGAGUGCCUUGAAUGUGGGAAAACCUUCAGACAAAGUUCUAAUUUGAGGCAGCACCAGAAAGUUCACAAACCAGAGAAGCCAUAUAAGUGCCAUGAAUGUGGAAAAGCUUUCAGCCAGAGGUCUACCCUCAUCCGGCAUCAGAAAAUUCAUGCUAGAGAAAGGACUUCGGGGAAUGUGCUCCCUCCUUCUUCAACACAAAGGCACACACUAGAGAUUGGCUCUGAGAGUGGUCUUUAUUAGGGAGCUUUCAGGCAGAAGUUGAACUUUGUUUAUCCAGAUAUCAAUGCUGGAGAGAUUCCCAAUGGAUACUAGAUAUGUUGGAAGCUUUCUGGAGCAAGGUUACAUUUUCUGACCAUGGACUUUGUCAGAGUUUUGUCACUGCUAGUGUCUGUGGCAGAAGCCUUCUCCGGUGUACCCACUGGCAGGUCUCCAGAGUGUGUGUCAGCUACACCCUGUUUUCUCAGGCCUCUGUUUCCUUUUUCUAAGAGGUAAUUGCGAGUAGCUUGAUGCCACAAGAUGUCAUUCCCUCCCACUGUGACUGGCUUAGCUGUGGACAUGACUUACCUUGGGCUGUGAAGACCUGAGCUGGGUCCUACUGGCAGCUUGCAGAGGUUUCCCUUUUUCAAGGACAUUGUUGAUCUUGUAAGAUGCUCAUUAUGGAUUCAUCCAACUUCCAUACCACCCAUCCAAACAAUUAUUUACUUUACAUCCUUCUGGUUUGGGUGAUAAGAGCCUUACUGAUAAAGACACUUUUAAUCUCUUGUGUUCUGAUAACUGUGUGGAGUAGGCUGAGAACAAAAUGAAGAUCUACCAAACCAAAGGGUGUCUCCAAAAUUAUUGCUUCAGGGAAGAGUAGGAUGGUAGAGAACAGUCCUCAGGCCAGACUUGGCCUCAUUUGUGUUGCUACCCAAGGCCUCCAAGGGAAGCUUGUAGGGCUUUGUGGGCCUAAUGUUGUGGUCUGAGUGGCAUGAACUUUUGUGGAUUAUAGAUUACCCUGAGGAAGCAGAGACUGUACAACCUUCAGUGCACCUGGAAGCAGCAUUAUUUGGGCCCCUUGUUUCCUGGGGAUGCCUCCUAUUCUCUAGCACUGUUGAGUAGACACAUUUUACCUGGCCCCUGCCAAGGAAUUAUAUACCUUGAUGCCUAACAGCCAGUAAUAUGUAACCUGCUGUAAGACUUACUGGGUCCAGUUAACAAACAGGGUAUCUAUCUGUUUUAAAAGUGUAUCCACAAAUGUUCCCUUAAAUGUGACUGUGCAAGAUUUGGGAUUUGCAGAAGUUUUCAGGACCUCCAGACUUCUGUCCUAUAACUAAGGGCACUGGCAGAGCAAAUAAUCUAAAUGUUUUGUGGAUUACUACAGGCUCUCUGCAUUAUUUAUGUCAAAGCCAUUGCUGUGUUGGUAGGAAAAUGGGGAUUAAGAGAAGGCAGAUCCUGUACACCACGGAUAAGGCAUUAGAGACACAGCUAGCCAUCUUUGCUGCCAACACAUGAGGAGCAAGGUAGUAGUUAAUAUGAGGUUGCCAAAUCUUCAAGUUUUCUAAAAUGAGUGGGAGAUCAGGUUUUUUAUGUGCAAGAGUUUCUUUUUAAUGCUUUGUUGAGAUAUAAUGUUCAUGCAAUAAUAGGCUGUACUUAUUAAAUGUGUACAAUCUAAGUUUUUAAAUAUGUAUACACUCAGGGAGCCAACACUAUAAUUAUGAUAGUGAACCUAUCCCUCACCUGCAAAGCUACCUCAUGCCCCUUUACUACCCCUCCUUGCCUUCCCCAGGAAAACCAUUGAUUUACCUUUUUUCACUAUAGAUUUGUUUGCCUUUCUUAGAGUUUUAUACAAUUGGAAUCAUAAAGUAUUUCUACUCUAUUUUUUGACCUGUUUUCUUUCAUAGAGCAUAAUCAUCUUGAGCAUCAUCCAUUCUGUAUAUGUGAAUAGUUCAUUCCUUUUACUGCUGAAUAGUGCUCUACUGAAUGAAUAUUUUUUUAAUGAAAAAAAAUCUUGUAAAAUACACAACAUAAAUUUUACUAUCUUAACCAUUGUUAGGUGUACAGUUCAGUGGUAUUAAGUACAGUCAUAUUGUACAACCAUCACAAUCAUUUAUCUCCAGUUUUCAUUUUGCAAAACUGAAACUAUACCUAUUAAACAGUAACUCCCUAUUGCCCCCUGCCCCAAGCCCCUGGAAACCAACAUUCUACUUUCUGUAACUGAAUUUGACUACUCUAGUUACUUCUUAUAUUGUUUAUUUUUAUUUUUUACUUUUUGCUUUUUAGGGCCACUCCUGUGGCAUAUGGAGGUUCCCAGGUUAGGGGUCGAAUCGGAGCUAUAGCUGCUGGCCUACACCACAGCCAUAGCAAUGCUGAAUCCAAGCCAUGUCUGCGACUUAUAUCAUACUCAUGGCAACGCUGGAUCCUCAACCCACUGAGCAAGGCCAGGGAUCAAACCCACAACCUCAUGGUUUCUAGUCGGAUUUGUUUCCACUGUGCCACAACAGGAGCUCCUAUGGUUACCCCUUAUAAAUGGAGUUAUAUAUUAUUUGUCAUUUUGUGACUGACUUAUUUGACUUAGCAUAAUAUCCUCAAGGUUCAUUUAUUUUGUAGCAUGUGUCAGAAUUACCUUCCUUUUUAGCUGAAUAAUAUGCAAUAACAGGCUGUACGUAUUUAUAUACGCAUAUGUAUAUGCCAUAUUUUACUUAUUCAUUCAUCCCUCAAUGGAUACUUGAUUUCCCCCCACCUUUUGGAUACUGUAAUUAAGGCUGCUAUGAAAUGGGUGUACAGAUAUCUCUUUGAAACACUGCUUUCUAUAUACUUAAAAGUGGAGUUACUAGAUCAUAUAGUAAAUAUAUUUUCAAUGUUUUGAGGAAACUCCAUACUGUUUCCCACAGUGGCUAUACAAUUUUACUUUUUUUUUUUUGGCCACACCUGUGGCACGCUGAAGUUCCCAGGCCAGGGACCAAACCCAUGCCACAGAAGUGACAAUGCUAGAUCCUUAAUCUGCUGAGCCAUCAGGGAACUCCAAAUUGUACAUUUUUAACAAGGGUUCUAAUUUUUCCACAAGCUCCCUAACACUUUUUUUUUUAUAGUAUCUAUCCUGAUGGGUAUAAAGUAGUAUCUCAUUGUUUUGAUUUGUUUUCCUAUAAUGAUUCAUGACAGUAACUAUCAUUUCAAGUGCUUAUUGGUCUUAUUGGUAUAUCUUCUUUAGAAAAAUAUCUAUUCGAAUCCUUUCUCCAUUUUUGAAUUGGAUUUUUGUAUUCUGUUGCUGAGUUCUGGGAAUUCCUAUACAUGCUGAGAUUAUAUCAGUAGAAACAAUGCUAACUGGACUAAAGGAAACAGAAAGUGGGACAAAAUUAGAAACGAAAGAGGAGAAAUUACAGCUGAUAUCACAGAGAUGCAAAAAAAAAAAAUGAGAGAAUACUAGGAACAGUUUAUAUGCCAACCAAUUGACAACCUAGAAGAAAUGAAUAAAUUCCUAGAAACAUAUCAGCUUCCAAAACUGAAUCUGGAAGAAACAGAUAAUCUGAACAGACCAAUCACUAGCAGUAAAAUUAAAUCAGUAAUAAAAAAAAAACUCCCAACAAAAAAAAGUCACAGGGAAAUUCUACCAAACAUAUAAAGAAGAGCUAAUACCUAUCCUUCUCAGACUAUUCAAAAAAAAUAGAAGCGAGAACACUCCCAAAUUCAUUCUAUGAGGCCAUCAUUACCCUGACACCAAAGCCAGACAAAGACACCAAAAAGGAAGAAAAUUACAGGCUAACAUCUCUAAUGAAUAUAGAUGCAGAAAAUCUUCAACAAAAUAUAAGCAAACCAAAUUUCAACAACAUAUAAAAAGGAUCAUACACCAUGAUCAAGUGAUAUUUAUUCCAGGAAUGCAAUGAUGGUUCAAUACCUGCAAAUGUAAUAAACCACAUUAACAAAAUGAAGAAUAAAAAUCACAUGAUUAUCACAAUAGAUGCAGAAAAGGCAUUUGAUAAUUCAACAUCCAUUCAUGAUUAAAAAACCUCACAUCAAAGUUGGUAUGGGGGAACAUAUCUCAACAUAAUAAAGGCCAUUUAUGACAAUCCCACAGCUAACAUCACAGUCAAUUGUGAAAAGCUAUAAACUUUUCCUCUUUGAUCAGGAAUAAGCCAAGAAUGUCCAUUCUUUCCAUUUUUAUUUAAAAAGGAUUGGAGUUCUAACCACAGCAAUCAGAAAACAAAAAGAAAGUAAGGCAUCCAAAUUGGAAGAGAAGUAAAACUGUUACUACUACUAGAAGACUUGAUACUACAUAUAGGAGCUCUAAGUCUCAAAAAAAAAAAAAAAACAAAAA